GUCUAUGGAAAAAUUUCUCUGAAGGCGAACGACAAUUUUCCCCAUUUUCCACCUACGACGCAAUGUAUUGGCAUUUUUUGUCCUGCUAUCGGCCAGAUUGCAGCUUUUAAAAACCCCUCGACCAUUUAUGUCGUGCAACAGUCACCGAGUGCCAUUCAGUGCGAAUUUAUGCACUUUUCCUCUGUGCGGAAAAUGUGGCAAUUUGUGCUGCUUCUUAUGGUGUUUUCUCCCUUCUGCAGAGGUGAACCCGACAAUAGCACUUCUGCAGAUUUGGAAUAUCUUAAGUUAAUUGAUCCUUCCUAUGGUGUAACAUGGAUGUUCCUUCCGGAUGGGAAUAAUACCAUGCAGAUAGCGUAUCUCUCCGAAGAACCACGAAAUUCUACGAGAAUGAGUCUCUACGAUGUUAAGGACAAAGUGACCUUUCACCUAUACAACAGGAAAUAUCAACAAGACGGCGUAAAGAUCAGAAAAACACGAAGCCUGAGAUCGAGCAGAAAACGCGAAGCAUCCUCAGAUGUCUUUGAUCCUGAUCUAGAGACAAAAUUCCUAAUUCACGGCUGGAAAUCAAAUAAAUUAACUGACACAAUUCAGUCCAUCAAAGACAAUUACCUGAAGGUCGACGAUAUGAACGUUAUCGCCGUGGACUGGAGUGAAUUGGCCGCGAAUAUUUUCUACUUCACGCCUGUCGCCCAGACACGUGAAGUCGGUGAAGCCAUUGCCGAAAUGAUCGAUCACCUGGUGAAAACAAGGAAUGCAUCUGUUGGGAAGAUGCACAUCAUCGGACACAGCCUUGGGGCUCACUGUGCUGGAUUUGCAGGAAGUAAAUUAGGAGGACGAGUAGGUAGAAUAUCUGGACUUGAUCCCGCCAAUCCAGGUUUUGAGGGAACUCCUCCAAGUGAAAGACUCGAUGCCACUGAUGCACAAUUUGUAGAUGUGAUCCAUACGUCAUCCGGAACCGCUGGGAUUUCUAUGAGAUGUGGUCACGUUGAUUUCUAUCCAAAUGGAGGAGCCCGUCAGCCCAAUUGCAACUUCUUCCCAAUUGAUCUUUUAGAGGCUUGCAGUCAUGGAAGAUCUCACGAGUACUUUGCAGAGUCUAUUUUCACUGAUCAAUUCAUUAGCUACAAAUGUAGAUCUUGGGCGGGGUAUAAAGCCAAUCGAUGUGGUAAGGAUACAAUAUCAAUGGGAGAACCUGUCUCAAGGAAAGCUCGAGGAGUUUACUAUUUAGAGACCAACGGACGCAAACCUUAUGCCAAAGGAAGACGACAGUUUGGGAAAGUAUUUCUAAUUUUUGCUCCAAUAUACCUGAUGCUCCUUCGAAUUUCUGAGGGACUUCCGGAAAACUCCACGGAUCCGGCAAUAGACACAAUUGACGUAGGGAAUGCGACUGUUAAGGAUAUUAGGGAUCUUGUGAGGUUGUUCUUUUAUCGGAAGAAUCAUCCACAAUUCAUAAAUUCAGCAUCCUUCGCGCCAAAUGGAAGAGAAGUGGCACAGAUUAAAGUAACUGAUCAGUUUGAUAGUAAUCUCGACACCAAGUUCAUCAUUCAUGGUUGGCUGAACAACAAAAACUCCCUGCAAUUUCAGCAGCUCAAAGAAGCAUACCACGCUUCGGCAGAUUACAAUAUUUUCAUUGUUGAUUGGUCACAAAUCUCUGAAGAUAUCAACUAUAUGCGAGUAGCUAAUCUCACAAGGGUCGUUGGGAUGUACGUGGCCGAGAAGAUUCAAGAACUAAUAGAUGAUGGUCAUGCAAAUGCGUCUAGGAUUCACGUCAUUGGGCACAGUUUAGGAGCUCAUAUUGCAGGAUUUGCCGGAGCACAAAUUAAAUCCCCGCAGCUGUAUCGUAUAACCGGAUUGGAUCCAGCCUUGCCCAAUUUCCAACGAUUCCGGGAUCCUGAUCUUCGACUCGAUCCAUCAGAUGCUGCCUUUGUGGAUAUCAUUCACACUUCCGGAGGGACUUUGGGGAAUUAUGCGCCAAUUGGAGUGGCUGAUUUUUAUGUCAAUGGAGGAACUCCUCCUCAGCCAGGAUGUGGAGGGAUUUCUGAACUGGCUAGUAUUUGCAGCCAUGGAAGAGCUGUGGAGUAUUUUCUCGAGUCAGUUCACUCGAGAUUGGGAUUCUGGGGUCUUGCUUGUCCUUCCUGGUUUGCCUACAAAGCCGGUGACUGCAGGGGGGAUUUUGUGGAGAUGGGAGAGAGAGCUAGUCCACAUAAAAGUGGAUCAUUCUACUUGGGAACCAACUAUCAAAGUCCCUUUGCGAUGGGCAAGAAAAUUUUCUUUGAGCAGGAACCUUUCUGGCGUUCUACCCUCAAUUCUAUCAUUCACCAAUCUUCAACAUAAAAUUCAGGAUGUUAUUUUUCUCUAAUACUUUUAUUUAAAAUUAAAAAUUACUGUGAUGGUCAAAAA